GCAGCUGCAGGCGUGAAACGUCUAUUGAGCUUCUGUACGUCAAGGAAUAUCGGUAAUAUUGUGAAGAAUACCGAACCCAAUUCCAGACAACCCACAAUUUACACUUAUGUGCCUCGUUCUACUGCAGAAAAUCUACGGACAGCGGCACAGUGUUUUGAGGAGGAUCAGCUUGCCUCUCUAGAUCCAAUUAAGCAAUUCGGCAAUUGGUUUGAUCAAGCCAUUAAAUGCCAAGAGGUGGGCGAAGCCAAUGCAAUGUGUCUUUCAACAGCCACCAAGGAUGGAUGCCCUUCUGCACGCAUGGUUCUUCUGAAAGGCUACAGCGAAGAAGGAUUUCGCUUCUUUACCAUUUAUGAGAGUCGGAAAGGUUCAGAGCUGGACAGCAAUCCCUAUGCCUGUCUUGUCUUUUACUGGGAACCACUAAACAGGCAGAUUCGUAUUGAAGGUACUGCAGAGAGAAUCCCAUAUGAAAGUUCACGUGACUACUUCCACUCAAGGCCCAAGAGCAGUCAGAUCAGUGCUGUUGUUAGCAGACAGAGCACAUUAAUACCAAGCAGACAAUACCUGAGAGACAAGAAUGCAGAGCUUGAAGAAAGGUAUAAGAACACAGAGGUACCAAUGCCAGAUUACUGGGGUGGAUACAUUGUCAAGCCUUUCCUGACUGAGUUCUGGCAGGGUCAGACCAAUAGAUUACAUGACCGAAUUGUGUUCUUGCGGCCCAAAGAGGAAGAGACUGAGCUGAGAGAUAUGCAGCACCAAGCAGCAGGGGGCUGGAUAUACCAACGGUUAUCCCCUUGAUGGAGCGAUUGCUAUGGAAUCACUGUCACUAUCUGUGACAUUCAAACAAUCUUUAUUUGGCCUACAGGAAUUGGCACAGGCAUUAACUAACUUGUGAAGACUCACCAAUCGCCAUUUUUUCAUCCUACAUGUGUACUGUCUGAACCAAAACCAGAAGAUUUUGCUUUGUUGAUAAUUGUAGACAUGAUUUUAUAAAUAGAAAUCAUGUGAUUGCAUUAAAAAUGGUGCUUAAUGUUUGUUAUUAAGGGAAUAGUAGAAAAUGUUCUCAUCAUUUACUCACCCACAUGCCAUCCCAGAUGUGUAUGACUUUCUCCUGCUGAACACAAAGA